CUAAGUAUUUGGUCCGGGCUCCAAGAUAAUGCCCCCAAAUUUACAGUGGUCGGUUGAUCGGUUGUUUUCAUUUACGGAGCCCAGCCAUAGUAUUUCUCCGUCGCAGAUAUCCGACAUGUGCAAUACACUUGCUCAAUAUGCGACGUCUCAUGGCAAGCAACAACCUUUUGGCUAUGUUAGUGAUGGGUCAUACAGGCAUGACUUAUUUGUGCUCAAAAGCGAUGAAGGAAGUUUGGAAUCGCUGCCACUUGAAGAGUUACUCCGAGAAUUAUCUCUUUCCCUCCUCUCCGUUGAUGGCGGUAUUCCAUUCUCAAGAAGAGAUCGCCUAUGUCUAGCCGCAAAGUUAGCGAGUACUGUGAUUCAACUUCAGGGCAACUGACUCCCAG